UUUCACCAAUCUAACACUUCCCCUCCAAAACCCAAAAAAUGCAACUCAUCACAACUACACAUCUCCUACUAUGUCUAACACUCACACUCAUAACACUAACUCUAACCGAGUCAACUCAGCCACCAUUUGCAUGUGACUCAUCAAACCCAUUAACAAAAACAUACCCAUUUUGUAAACUUACAUUACCAAUCUCUUUACGUGUCAAAGACUUGGUGUCACGACUCACACUUGAUGAAAAGAUAUCGCAACUCGUGAACACUGCACCAGGGAUACCGAGACUCGGUAUCCCGGCUUAUGAGUGGUGGUCUGAGGCUUUACAUGGUGUGUCUAACUCUGGUUAUGGCAUCUUUUUUAACGGGACUAUUAAGUCUGCCACUAGUUUUCCUCAAGUUAUUCUUACUGCUGCUUCUUUUGAUACUAAACUUUGGUAUCGAAUCGGUCAGGCUAUUGGAUUGGAGGCAAGGGCAGUUUAUAAUCAAGGACAAGCUCAUGGAAUGACAUUUUGGGCACCAAACAUUAAUGUGUUUAGGGACCCAAGAUGGGGCAGAGGUCAAGAGACACCUGGCGAGGACCCAUUAGUCAGUGGCAAAUACGCGAUUUCUUAUGUUAGAGGGGUCCAAGGUGACAGUUUUGAAGGCGGAGCGCUUAAAGAUGGUCAUCUUCAGGCUUCUGCUUGUUGCAAACAUUUCACUGCUUAUGAUUUGGAUCAUUGGAAGGGCGUUAAUAGAUUUGGUUAUGAUGCUAAGGUCUCGAAACAAGAUCUUGCUGACACUUAUCAACCACCAUUCCAAAGCUGCAUACAACAUGCCCAGGCUAGCGGAAUCAUGUGUGCUUACAACCGUGUGAAUGGAGUCCCGAACUGUGCUGAUGAAAAUUUAUUAUCCAACAUUGCUAGAAAGCAAUGGGGAUUUCAAGGGUAUAUCACUUCAGAUUGUGAUGCAGUAUCCAUCAUAUAUGAGGUCCAUAAAUUUGCCAAAACACCAGAAGAUGCAGUGGCGGAAGUCCUAAAAGCCGGCAUGGAUGUCGAUUGUGGCUUCUACUUAAAAAACCACACAAAAUCAGCAGUCCAACAGAAGAAAGUACUUGAAUCAGAUAUAGACCGAGCCCUUCACAACCUUUUCACCAUGAGAAUGAGACUUGGCUUGUUCAAUGGCAACCCAGCCUCACUCCCUUAUGGCUCCAUCGGCCCAGAUCAUGUAUGCACCAAAGAGCACCAAGAGCUAGCCCUUGAGGCUGCAAGAAAUGGCAUUGUACUUCUAAAGAAUUCUGCUAAGAUCCUCCCAUUGAAAAAAACUAUCUCAUCUCUAGCAGUUAUUGGGCCUAAUGCCAACUCAGCACAUACCCUCGUUGGAAACUAUGCGGGCCCACCAUGCAAAUCGGUUGAACCACUGAAAGCACUGUAUAGCUAUGUGAAAAACAUACAAUACCAUAAAGGAUGUAACUAUGUUAACUGUACUUCUGCAUCCAUUACUGAGGCUGUUGAGGUUGCUAAAAAGGCAGAUUAUGUGGUUUUGUUUAUGGGGUUGGAUCAAGGUGAGGAAAGAGAGGAUUUUGAUCGUGUGGAUUUGGUUCUUCCAGGGCAACAACGGGCUUUGCUUACUGCGGUUGCUAAAGCAGCUAAGAAACCUGUAAUUUUAGUGAUGAUUUGUGGUGGUCCCGUGGAUAUUUCGUUUGCUAAACGUGAUCCAAAGAUUGGUGGAAUCUUGUGGGGUGGAUAUCCUGGUGAAUCUGGUGGCAUUGCACUUGCGGAAAUUAUCUUUGGUGAUCAUAAUCCAGGAGGAAAGCUACCUAUGACAUGGUACCCCAAGGACUUCGUCAAGAUACCAAUGACGGACAUGAGAAUGAGACCCCAACCUUCUACAGGCUAUCCAGGUCGUACCUAUAGAUUCUACACAGGCAGAAAAGUUUAUCGGUUUGGAUACGGGCUGAGCUACUCAAAGUAUGCAUACGAGUUCCUCUCUGUCACACAAAACGAACUCUCUCUAAGUCAGAUUUCAAACACUGGAACCACACUUAAGAACUCAGAUUCACUUCAUUACACGACAGUAAUGGAUUUAGAAACCGAAUCAUGUGAAAAAGCCAAGUUUUCAGCAACCAUAGGGGUCCAAAAUCAUGGAGAAAUGGAUGGUACACAUCCAGUUUUGCUGUUUGUUAAGCAACAUAAAGUUAGAGAUGGGAAGCCCAUGAUGCAAUUGGCAGCAUUUGAGAGCGUGAAAACAAACGCUGGAGGAAGGACUACAGUAGAGUUUGUUGUUAGCCCGUGUGAGCAUUUUAGGACAGCAAAUGAAGACGGAUUGAUGGUGAUUGAAGAAGGUUCUCAUUAUCUUUCUGUGGGUGAUCGGCAAUACCCUAUUUCGGUUAUACCUUAAAGUUGAUGUAUUAUGACAAGGCAUCGUCGACUUAUGCUAUGAUGGUGCCUUGCAGUUUAUUGUUUUGUUAUUUUAGAUCAAUGUACUUUGUGGAGUGAACGACCACAGUUAUCACAGUUCAUUAACUGACAAGAAUUCGUUUUUAAA